AUGCAACCACGAGAAAAUUUGCCCAUCAAUUGCGCUUACCUCCCAGUACUACCGCUGACUUAUCCCGAGGCCCGAAAGACGAACGACCUUCCGCUCGACAGAGCUUUGACUGAUCUAAGAAUCGGGGCUCAGUGUCCCGUUAGCUCGACGAGCUGUGCAAGUGGUAAGCAGUGCGUUUUAAAAUCAAGGUGGUGCGACAAUGUCGUCGACUGUGGGGACGCGAGCGAUGAGGCGGGAUGCUCCUGUAGGGACCGCAUUCGCAAGGACCGUGUCUGCGAUGGCUACUUCGACUGUCCACUGGAAGAGGACGAGCUUGGCUGUUUCGGCUGCCCGAAGGAUUCGUUGCACUGCAACAUCGACGCAGCUCUUGAUCCCCAGCCGGGCGUGAAAGACAACAGCACAAACUGCUUCAGAGCAAAGGAGCGCUGCGACGGACGUAGACAAUGCACCAAUGGAAAAGACGAGAAGGACUGCAGCAUAUUAAGCUUGUCAGCGGCUGACAGUAAUGAAAAAGAGGAGCUUUUCCGAGUUGGCUACAGCAGUGGCUUUCUGUACAGGAACUCGUUCGGCCGGUGGUACCCAGUCUGCGGCUUCGCGUACGAUUGGGCCAAAGAGGCGUGCUCUUCUGAGAUCGGAUCCAUCAGCCUGCCACAUCUCGAGAUGCCCCCAAUCCCAAUGGGGCAAGCGAUGGAAGGUCCGUAUCUAGGAGCGUCCGGAGCCAAAGUAGCUCACUGUUUCAAUCGUACAACGUAUGCCAAGUGUCCCCAAGUGGCAAGCGGCACGCGUCUACCAUUGAUCGACGAUCCCCUCGUCGGAUCGAGGCACAGGAACUCGAGCGAGCUUGCAAGCUCCGGCGAUCCGAUGCUGGGUAUUGUCGGUGGGAGGACGAGUCCACUCAGGUCUUGGCCGUUUGUCGUCUAUAUGACGAGGAAUGGAAAGUUUAUCUGUGGUGGAACUGUGCUGACUCAGUCCUGGGUUCUAACCGCAGCCCAUUGCAUGGUUGGUUAUAUUUACUACUACUACGAAAUCGAGGUCGGCGUGCCACGGCGCUUCUCCUUCCCGGCGACCCUUCAAAUUCGACGGCCCAUCUGUAUAAAAAUUCAUCCACAAUACAACGCAGAUCUCAUAAAGAACGACAUUGCUUUACUGCAGCUGAAUGAGCCCCUGAAUUAUAACAGUUGGGUUCGGCCAAUAUUACUGCCCAAGAGUGAUGUCGGACAAUUUAAAGGCCAGCCUGCUCCUGAAACUAUUUGCACAGCAGUAGGUUGGGGUGCCACUUGGGAAGGCGGACCUGACCCCGACGAACUACAAGAAGUGGAUGUACCAAUAGCAAAGUGCACGCGCAAAGAGGACAAAAUUUCUUCCAAAAUAUGCGCAGGAUACGUGGAAGGUGGAAAAGACGCCUGUCAGGGGGACAGUGGUGGUCCUUUAUUUUGCAGAGUGUCUGAGUCGAAUGAUACGUGGUACAUCGCUGGUAUCGUCAGUUACGGCAUCGGUUGCGCGAGACCGAAGGAGCUUGGAGUUUACACGAAGGUGUCUUACUACGUCAAGUGGAUAAAUGACACUAUGCAUCAAAGCUGGAAUGCAACAGCACUGCGUAAGCCACGCUCAAAAUGUCCAGAUUUCAAAUGCAGCGAUCCCUAUUCCCGCUGCCUUUCUGACAGCAGUCGCUGCGACCGUAUGGUCAACUGCUUGAAGGCGGAGGAUGAAGUGGGAUGCUCGAUAGAAAUCAGAAACUAAUCCAAAGAAGGGCAGCAGUAGUUGUAAGGUCGAGGUAAAGUUCUGGAAUAGAGUA